ACAACAGACUUUGUCUGUGCUUGGCUGCGUCAUAGGAAACUCCAUGGUCUGCCCACAGGCCACGGACGUAACCUGUCGUUGAGCCGUAGAACUAGGAAAGGAAUUUAGCUGAUAUUCUCUGUUGCCACAGCUGUAACAACUGCCACUGUGGGAGCUGCACCAACGCAACGAUAAGUGUUCUGUGAGUGCAGUGAAUGGCGACGGGAUUCUGCAGGGCGUCAUGAAAGCGGGCAAGUUUCUUCGGAGCUAACUUUCGUGCACCUGUCAUGGCGUUUCUAUGCCCUGUGAGAAUACGACGAGGGAAACGAAAGAAAGAAAACAAUGACAAACUCUCUGCUCGCACACCAAGCAUUGGCCGCAUCACAGGAAGUGCCAGCAUUGAAACACUGGUUCGUGUGGGCAUUGAGAAAGAACACGGCCUGUCACCCGACUCAAAAGUGGUAGUGCUGCACGAUUUCACACCCUGUGUGGACGACGAGCUUGAGGUGCGACGUGGUCAAAUUGUCAAUGUGCUGUACCAGGAGAACGACUGGGUGUAUGUGAUUGCUUCCGAGACCGGUCAGGAGGGCUUCAUUCCCCACUCGUACUGUGCUCCCUAUGGCAGCCAGCUGGGAGAGUUGGCCUUGACAGUGCGUCACAAAAAGCUGCCACGUGGACUGGACGAUGACCUGUUGGAGCAGGCAUCAUCGCGUGGGACACACUCGGUCGACAGCGGACAGCAAUCGGACGCUGAAAGCUUUGGUGUGGCCCCUGCCACUGAACACUCCGCGACUCUUCCAGAUGUGCACCCAUUCUUCAAGGACCCAGCCGGGCGUUAUGUGGUGUUGUACACGUUUGUGGCUCGUGACGAAAACGACGUGAGUGUUGAACGUGGUGAGCUGGUGACGGUGUUGAAUCAUGAGGACCCGGACUGGUUCUGGGUGCUCCGUUCCGACGGCCAGGAAGGCUUCGUGCCCAGCGCAUUUGUGUGCCCGGCAGACUCUGCACAGGAGAGCCAAGGAACUGUGCAUGGGGCCAUGCAGUCGGGCAGUAAUGCGGUGUCUGCCAGUGGCCAUCAUGGCAAUGUGUCGAGCACUGCUGUUGCUGCCGAAGAGCUGCGUUUCCACGGCAGUGAGCUGGUGAUGCUUUAUGACUACAAGGCACAAGCCCCCGAUGACUUGACUGUGCGCCGCGGUGACUGGGUCUAUGCAGACCUCGCUAAUCAGACAGUGGAAGGGUGGCUUUGGGCUUAUGCACCAAAGGUGCACAAGUAUGGUUUCAUCCCAAAGGCCUAUGCUCGGCCACCUGCCAUGACAUCAUUAUGAUCCUCGUAUUCAGGAGUAGUAUCGGAAAGGAAUGCAUACAAUGUUAUUUUAUUUGCUCGUUUAGUAAACCCAAUGCACUCUCGAUC